GUGAGUAGCACCGUGUUCUCAUCUACGUCAUCAAGUUCCUUGUCAGUCUCUCCCGCCAGACUGACAAGCGUUUGGUAUGACAACACAGCCAUGUCGGCUGAACGUGUUGCGUGUAUGACAGCAAUCAAUCUCGCGAACAUCCAUGGAAAAUUUCUAUUUCUAUGCUCAUGCGCAAUGAUGUUUGUGCUGCUGUAUUCCAUCAAAGGAAAGAUGUUCAAUAUGUGGGAGGAUUUGACAUUCACAAAUAACAUGCAACAUACUGAAUGUCCCUUGUUAACCCUGAACUCUACCGUAUCAUACAAAUACAUUGUUCGACCGGAGGAAAGAGAAUUCCCGCUCGCAUUCAGUUUGAUCGUUUAUACCGAUGCUGACCGGGUGCUCCGGCUGUUUCGUGCUAUCUACCGUCCACACAAUUACUAUUGUAUUCACAUCGAUCGGAAAAGCAAACCGGAAUUCGUGAACGUUACUGAACGGCUAAAACAAUGU